AUGGUCAUUGGUUGUCUGCUCGAAGCGCUGGGAUACAUCGGCCGGCUGAUGAUGAGCAAGAACCCCUGGAGCGGCGUCGGCUUCCGUUUGCAAGUCAUCUGUCUCAUUCUCGCCCCAUCGUUCCUAGCCGCGGGAAUCUACCUCACGCUUAAGCACCUCGUCCUCUACAUCGGUCCGGAGAAUUCCCGACUUGCCCCGAAAUGGUAUACUUGGAUUUUCAUCAGCUGCGACGCAAUCAGCUUUCUCAUGCAGGCGGCCGGCGGUGCGGCUGUGUCCUCUAGCGACGGAGGAAGCGCGGCCGAGACGGGAAACAACGUCAUAAUUGCUGGAAUCGCGGUUCAGGUUUUCACGAUGGGUAUCUGCGGCUUACUUGCUGUGGACUUUGCCUGGCGGACGUUUAGGAACAGGAGCCGUGGGUCAAGUGAUUCAAGUGCGUGGAACCAGCCAGCGCAGCCUAGUUGGAUGUUCCGCUUCUAUCUGUCUGCUUCCGCGGCAGCGUUUAUCGCCAUUUUCAUCAGAUGCAUCUACCGUCUCCCGGAAAUGGCUGGCGGUUGGGGCAAUCCAUUGAUGCGGAAAGAAGAGGAGUUUAUUGUCCUCGAUGGCAUGAUGAUUGUAAUUGCGUGUCUUCUAAUGUCAAUUGCGCAUCCCGGAAUCUUCUUCCCUGCUAUCAGCUCUCGUGGAGGAGAGGCCUCGAAGACCCAGGCCAAAAGCACUCAGCCGGUUGACUCCGAAUAUCCCAUGGGAGGUAUACCCGCAGCCUGA